AUGUCUACUGCCUUACAUGGGGGAAGGAAUACUGAAGGCUUAGACAUAAAAAGGGUAAAGGAACUGGGAGCAAAAGAGUUUUAUGGUGGUGUUGAUCCUGCUGAGGCUGAUGCUUGGCUUACCGAUGUCGGGAUAUUUGAAGUUCUCCAGUGUCCUGAUGGAGAUAAGGUUCGCUUGGCCACCUUCCUGCUAAAAGGGAAUGCUUACCAUUGGUGGAAGACAGUUCGAAGAGGGUAUGCAAACUCUGCUGUCAUUACUUGGGAAGAGUUCCAAGGGGCAUUCUUUGAUCAGUUCUAUCCGCAUACUUACAAGACUACGAAGAAGUCUGAGUUUCUGCAUCUGAGGCAGGGUUCUAUGUUAGUGUUCGAGUAUGAGCACAAAUUUAAUGAGCUGUCCUGGUUUGUACCUGAAUUAGUAACCACAGAAGCAGAUAAGUGCCUUCGUUUUGAACAGGGUCUGUGGCUCGAUAUUCAGGCGGUGGUCACUGCUACGACGUACCCUACCAUGAGAGCCUUGGCCCAAGCAGCAGACAGGGUGGCGAAGGCGUAUAGUCUGGGUGCCAGUAUUGGUAGGCGUCGCAGAGGCUCAUCUGGUUUUGGUGGGCCCAGUCAGGGUCCAUCAAAGAGGGGGGGAUCCAGCUCCAGUUCUGCGAAUAGUGGUUGGUCUGGAGGACAUGGGACCGGUUCCAGUAGUGGGGGGUUUGGUUCUCGACCGUUCUGGAGCCAGUCCUCGGGACAACAAUCAGUGGGCAGUACAGCCAGGGAUCCUCAGAGGCAGUUUACUGCAACUUGUUACAACUGUGGGCAGGCAGAACAUGUUAGGAAGGAUUGA